AUGGCGUAUUUGGUGCACUGCAACGCUGCACGAAACGAGCUUUGUUACAAGACUCGUUAUGGCAACAUAUUCGGCGAAACGGUAUCUGUGGAUGAUGCCAUAUUCUCGUGUGAUAUUGUCAAGGAGUUUUUUCGUAGACUCCAAAAUGCAAGUGUACCAGUGGGCGUACGUUCCAUGUUCGCCAAGGCCAUCCUGUCGUUUUACAAGUUCCUUCAAGAAAACAUAGGCACAGCUCACCGGCAAAGGACACAGGAGAUUUAUGUGGAACGAUAUCAAAAGUCCUGUGUGUAUGGGUAUGUGAAGUUGAGGGCGCUUGCUAAAGAGGAGUCCAAGAAGAAUGACACGAUCAAAGCGCGUGUCGCAGAAGUGAAGCGGAUGGUGAAACCGUUGGCAUCCGAAGAAAGCUUCGAUUAUGCUGUAGGCGAUUAUCGAGAUUUGGCUGGACUGAGUGAAUCAGAUGCUGACCAGCCUUCAACAUCCACAGGGUUGCGUGCCAGCAAGCGAAGAAGAUUGAGCGAGACAGGCGAUGACGCUUCUGGGACGCGAGCAGCGAGAGGACAGGAACAAGAAAGGCGGAGGAAACGCAGAAGUCCACGUCCAGGAAGCAGCAGAACACCACCGGCUGAAGAACAAGAACGAGGAACAAAGAGACAGGAAGCAAGAGGAGCAAGACAAGAGAGCAAAGAACGAAUCGAUCAGGGAGUGGAGAGUUAG